UGCGGCAGAGGCUUCCGGGACUUUCUGCCCCUCCCUGGCCCCGGCCCCCACAGGGCCAUGACUUUCGGUAAGUGACAGCCGCUCAGGAAGCCGAGGGGCCCACACAGGAAGGAGCGAGUGGGACUUUCCUCCGGCUGCUGCCCGGCUCUGCCCUCCCGUCGCUGGCCCGGGGCGGUCACCUCCAGGCAGGCUGCACUCAUGGCACCUCCAAGUGAGGAGACACCCCUGAUUUCUCAGCGCUCCUGCAGCCUCUCCUCUUCAGAGGCUGGUGCCCUGCACGUGCUGCUGCCCCCUCGGGGCCCUGGACCCCCACAGUGCCUGUCCUUCUCCUUUGGGGACCACUCAGCUGAAGACCUGUGUGUUUGCGCUGCUAAGGCCAGUGGCAUCCUGCCCGUGUACCACUCCCUCUUUGCUCUGGCUUUGGAAGACCUGUCCUGCUGGUUCCCCCCGAGCCACAUCUUCUCCGUGGAGGACACGGGUACCCAGGUCCUUGUCUACAGGCUCCGCUUUCAUUUUCCCAACUGGUUUGGACUAGAGAAGUGCCACCGAUUUGGGCUACGAAAGGACUUGACCAGUGCCAUCUUGGAUCUGCCAGUCCUGGAGCACCUCUUUGCUCAGCACCGCCAUGACCUGGUGAGCGGCCGCCUCUCGGUAGGCCUCAGCCUCAAGGAACAGGGUGAGUGCCUCAGCUUGGCUGUUCUGGACCUGGCCCGGAUGGCCCUCGAGCAGGCUCAGCGGCCCGAGGAGUUGCUGAAGACGGUCAGCUACAAGGCCUGCCUGCCCCCUGGCCUGCGCGACCUCAUCCAGGGCCUGAGCUUCGUGACUCGGAGGCGCAUCCGAAGGACGGUGCGCCGGGCCUUGCGCCGCGUGGCGGCCUGCCAGGCCGACAGGCACUCGCUCAUGGUCAAGUACAUCAUGGACCUCGAGCGGCUGGAUCCAGACAGGGCCGCCGAGACCUUCCGCGUGGGUCUCCCCGGCGCUGCUGGUGGGCAGGAUACGCCGGGGCUGCUCCGUGUGGCUGGCGGCACUGGCAUCGCCUGGAGCCCGGGAGAACAAGAGGUCCUCCAGCCCUUCUGCGACUUUCCAGAAAUCGUGGAUAUCAGCAUCAAGCAGGCGCCGUGCAUUGGCCCGGCUGCGGAGCAUCGCCUGGUCACCAUCACCAGGACAGACAAUCAGAUCCUGGAGGCCGAGUUCCCGGGGCUUCCCGCAGCGUUGUCCUUCGUGGCGCUCGUGGAUGGCUACUUCCGGCUGACCACGGACUCGCGGCACUACUUCUGCAAGGAGGUGGCGCCGCCGCGGCUGCUGGAGGAGGUGGCUGAGCAGUGCCACGGCCCCAUCACCCUGGAUUUUGCCAUCAACAAACUCAAGACUGGGGGCUCACUUCCCGGCUCCUACGUCCUCCGCCGCAGUCCCCAGGAUUUCGACAGCUACCUCCUAACUGUUUGUGUCCUGACCCCCCUGGGCCCGGAUUAUAAGGGCUGCCUCAUCCGGUGCGACCCCACAGGAACCUUCUCUCUGGCUGGCCUUGGCCGUCCCCACAGCAGUCUUCGCGAGCUCCUGGCAGCCUGUUGGAACGGUGGGUUGCAUGUGGAUGGGGUUGAGCUGUAUCUCACUUUCUGCUGCAACCCCAGACCUAAAGAAAAGUCCAAUCUGAUUGUGGUCCGGAGAGGUUGCAACCCACCCACAUCAUCCCCUGUUCAGCCCCAAUUCCAAUGCCAGCUGAGUCAGAUGACGUUUCACAAGAUCCCUGCUGACAGCCUGCAGUGGCAUGAGAACCUAGGUCACGGGUCCUUCACCAAGAUUUAUCGGGGCUGUCACCAUGAGAUUGUGGAUGGGGAGGCCCGAGAGACAGAGGUGCUGCUCAAAGUGAUGGAUGCCAAGCACAAGAAUUGCAUGGAGUCAUUCCUGGAAGCAGCGAGCUUGAUGAGCCAAGUGUCAUAUCAGCAUCUCAUAUUGCUCCAUGGCGUGUGCAUGGCUGGAGACAGUAUCAUGGUUCAGGAAUUUGUACGCCUGGGAGCGCUGGACACAUACCUACGCAAGUGUGGCCACCUGGUGCCAGCCAGCUGGAAGCUACAGGUGAUCAAACAGCUGGCCUAUGCCCUCAACUACCUGGAAGACAAAGGUCUCCCUCAUGGCAAUGUCUCAGCCCGGAAGGUGCUCUUGGCUCGUGAGGGGACUGACGGGAACCUGCCUUUCAUCAAGCUGAGUGACCCGGGUGUCAGCCCCACUGUGCUAAGCUUGGAGAUGCUCACUGACAGGAUCCCCUGGGUGGCCCCUGAAUGUCUCCAGGAGGCCCGAACACUUGGCUUGGAAGCUGACAAGUGGGGCUUUGGAGCCACGGUCUGGGAGGUGUUCAGUGGUGUCACAGUGCCCAUCAGCGCCCUGGAGCCUGCCAAGAAGCUCCAGUUUUACCAGGAACGGCAGCAGUUGCCUGCCCCCAAGUGGAUGGAGCUGGCCCUGCUGAUCCAACAGUGCAUGGCCUAUGAGCCAGGCCAGAGGCCUUCUUUCCGCGCUGUCAUCCGUGACCUGAACAGCCUCAUCACUUCAGAUUAUGAGCUCCUCUCAGACCCCACACCUGGCACCCUGGCACCCCGUGAUGGGCUCUGGAAUGGCACCCAGUUCUAUGCGUGCCAGGACCCUACCAUCUUUGAGGAGAGACACCUCAAGUACAUCUCACAGCUGGGCAAGGGCAACUUUGGCAGCGUGGAGCUGUGCCGCUAUGACCCGCUGGGCGACAACACAGGGGCCCUGGUGGCCGUGAAGCAGCUGCAGCACAGCGGGCCAGAACAACAGAGGGACUUCCAGCGGGAGAUCCAGAUCCUCAAAGCCCUCCACAGCGACUUCAUCGUCAAGUACCGGGGUGUCAGCUACGGCCCAGGCCGCCAGAGCCUGCGGUUGGUCAUGGAGUAUCUGCCCAGCGGCUGCUUGCGCGACUUCCUGCAGCGACACCGCACCCGCCUGGACGCUGCCCGCCUGCUCCUCUACGCCUCCCAAAUCUGCAAGGGCAUGGAAUACCUGGGCUCCUGCCGCUGCGUGCACCGCGACCUGGCGGCCCGGAACAUCCUGGUGGAGAGCGAGACGCACGUCAAGAUCGCCGACUUCGGCCUCGCCAAGCUGCUGCCUCUCGACAAAGACUACUACGUGGUCCGCGAGCCAGGCCAGAGCCCCAUCUUCUGGUACGCCCCCGAGUCCCUCUCGGACAACAUCUUCUCGCGCCAGUCGGAUGUCUGGAGCUUCGGGGUGGUCCUGUACGAGCUCUUCACCUACAGUGACAAGAACUGUAGCCCCUCAGCCGAGUUCCUGCGGAUGAUGGGAUGUGAGAGAGAUGUUCCAGCCCUCUGCCGCCUCCUGGAGCUGCUGGCCGAGGGCCAGAGGCUGCCCGCACCUCCUGCCUGUCCUAGUGAGGUUCAUGAGCUCAUGAAGCUGUGCUGGGCCCCUAACCCUCAAGACCGGCCGUCCUUCAGUGCCCUGGGCCCCCAGCUGGAUGCACUGUGGAGUGGAACCCGGGGGUAGUGUCCAGAGGCAUGAGACUGUCACCUUCCCUGCUUGUCUAGAGGGAGAACACCAUUCUCUGUCAUUUUUCAUAUCUCCUGCACACAGACCUCUAGACUCUGGUCUCCAUGGACUUGCCGUGUGCCCUUGAGCGGGAACCUGCUCCUUUCUGGUCCUCCUGCUUCACAGAGACCCCUCAUAGGGUGCCUGAGAUUGCAUGUGGGGGAGCAACCCUGGUUGGCAGGGCAGCAGCAGCCUGUGGCUUUUUGAACUUGGCAAGAUUAAGACAGAUGUCAUGAUGGGGUCUAAUGAGCUCCAUCCACUCCCCAGAAUCAAGGGACCACAUUUAAGGACCUUCCAUCUUCCCAACCUCUCACGGUCUAGCCUGCAGCUCAUGUUCUCAUUUUCAGAGGAGCCAUUAUGUAGCUUUAAAUAUGUCAUCUCAGGCUUCUAGUCCCAUCUCCCUCUUUAGCUGGAGGAAGCCAAGGACAAGAGCAACUGUCCGGGCUGAAAAUCCACUCUUUGAGGGGGAGCCGGUGUGACUGUUUAGAACUGUGUAAGAGACCAGGAGAGACUGAGGUCCCCAGGCUCUGAACCUGAGUGUUCUCCAGGGCUUCUGUAAACUGGGGCCCUUUCUCUCUGGACCAGAGGAUCAUACAGUGGACAGUGGAGCCUAACAGGAGCUUUUCAUCAAUUGAAGGACGGAAAGGCAUUCUUGGCAGAGGAAACGGCAUGGCGAGAGGAAGAGGCUCGGAGUACAGGGGUUAAGAGCGCAGGUUGGCGCCCACAGCUCUGCCACUUACUUGCUGUGUGAUGGUGGGCGAGUUGCUUCCUUUCUCUGGCUUCAGUUCCAUCCUCUGUCUAAUGGGCAAUAGUGUUGGCCCUUGGGCUCUACAGAGUCAACUUCUGGAAGCUUGUGGGAAGGCAUCUAGUGCAGGCUUAGCCCCCACCACUCCUUCAUACCUGCCUCCAAGCUUUUCCUGCAACUUUUGCCUCCCUGGAAAACUCUUAUUCAUCUCUCAAAACCCCAGCUAUCACCUCCUUGCAGCCUUCCCUGGGAUUCUCCCACUACUCCCAUUCAGCCCUAUACUUCCAGCUCUAGGGCUGGGGGACGUCUAUAUCCAGCUCUGUCUCCUCUGACCUGGAGGCUCCUUAGGGAGCUGGGCUGGGGUGGGCACAAAGAGGACUCUGGGAGUGUUCAUUGAAUGAAUAAAGAAAUUCAGCGGAAA